GAGGGCCCUGUGUUGGAACUUCCUGUUCCAAGAUGCAGUGGUGCAGGUGGGCCGGCCGUUGGAUAUCGAGUGUAAGCACACAGUCCACAGAGCCGGACCAUGAGGACAGCUUUGACUUUCUGUUUAAAAUCAUCCUGGUGGGGGACUCCGACGUGGGCAAGACUUGCGUGGUUCAAAGUUUCAAGUCUGGAAUAUUUGCAGAGAACCAGCAAAAUACCAUUGGUGUGGACUUCACUGUUCGUACUCUAGAUAUCGAUGGCAAAAGGAUUAAGAUGCAGGUUUGGGACACGGCCGGACAGGAGCGUUUCCGCACCAUCACCCAGAGUUACUACCGCAGCGCCCAUGGGGCGCUGGUAGCCUAUGACAUCACACGCCGGCCCACUUUCGAAUCUGUGCCUCACUGGAUCCAUGAGAUCAGACAUUAUGGAGCCGCCGGGGUGGUGGUAAUACUCAUCGGUAACAAGUCAGACCUCCAGGACGAAAGACAGGUGUUGUUUGAGGAAGCGUGCACCCUGGCCGAAGACAAAGGCGUGCUGGCCGCGCUGGAGACCUCGGCCAAGGCGGCCCAGAACGUAGACGCCGCCUUCAUCCUCAUGGCCCGCGAACUGCUGGCGCAGAACGGCAUGCCCAUCACGAACGAGCUGUCCCCGGAGACUCCGCAGUUCGGGCUGGGCGGGACCUCAUCGCAUGCCGUUGUGGGAGGCGAUUCUUUGGAGAAGAAGUGUGGGUGUUGAGCGACCGCAGGCUGCAGGGCCCUGACCGCAGUGUGUCUCUGGAGGUGUGGUUGAGUGGCUCGUUUCUGAACCGUGGAGGGAGUAAGUGCAAAUGUGGGCUGUAUGUGUGAAUGUGGGUGGGCAGGGGAUGGAGAUGCGAUUUGAAAUGAUUUAUUUAUUUGGUGUAGGGUAUGUGAAACGAUUGCUUUUACUGACAUAAGGAAUACUGAAGAUUAUCAACAAAAGAGCUUUUAUUUGGUCCUUUUGUCGCUAUAAUUGACAUUAAAUGAACAUACUGUAUGUGGAUGUGUAUUCUUUUGUGGGGAAAAACUUGUUCAGGGAAAUCAAGAUGAACACGUUGCUUGAGUGGCUUUGGAAACAGUAUCACUGCUAUGAUAUAUCUGUUCAUUUCAUUACUUUCAUUUAAUCAGAUCAUUUCCUUUCCUUUCCGUGUAUUUUAAAUAUUAAAAAGAACAUGAGCAUGGCUGUCGUUUCCCAAAUGUACCAUUUUCCAACUUUUCACAUUGACACACUUCUUUGCAAGGACAUCCAUCAACAAUUUAUUCAAAUGAAAAUAAAAUGCUACGUGAAGUACGACGAUGUGUCCAAGUAACAAUGGAAAAGUUUAUUGCCAUGAUAGACAUUUAGACUCUCAAAAUAGAAAAUGCAUGUACCGGUAAGCUAUAUUGACCUAUAUUGACGAUUUGCAGGCCAUUGUUGCUAUUGCACCUUCUUUAAACUCGAAUCAACAGCUCCAGGCUUCCCAUCCUGAGGAAGCUCAUACACCAGAACAUGAGUGCUACAUAAAACAUCUAAAAGAACAG